AUGGACGUUGGCAGUAUUCGUUGCUCGAGGGGUCCGCGGGCGCUUCCGGAUAGCUGCUCCUCGACGGGUAGCUCUGGGUCUGCGGUGUCUCUCGGCUCCCUGCCCUGCCUCCGUCGGGGCGGGGGCGUUCUCUCGGGGGGCCCGCGAGCAUGCGUGCCCCGAGAAGGCUGUCGGCGACCCGGUCGGCUCUCGGGUCGACCUUCGAGCGGUCCUCGAGAGAGAGGUGGCCCGCGUGCCCCCGAGGUGCCACGGCGGGCGAGGGUGGACCCCGCGUGGGAGCACGACACCGAGGUGGAGUUUUUGGAGCUGGGCCGCUCCGAGAAGAGCUGGUGGAUGCAGCGCGCAGAGACCAUGGGCGGAGCAAGCCGCUCGCUGCCCAUGGAGGCGAAUUGGGUGCCGGUCAGCGAGGGCGCUGCCUGA